AUGGCCAACAAGCGGAUCAUGAAGGUAAGCAACAACACACCACGUGGCGAAACCCAGCCACUGACUCUGCCUAGGAGCUGGGUGAGGUUGCGUCCAACGCCCCGGCAGGCUGCACCAUCAACGCCAAACAAGAUGACAUGAACAUAUGGGACGUGGUGAUGGAGGGCCCGCCCGAGUCCACAUACGCAGUAGGUCCAUGCCAUACUACACUGUCCUCGAUUGAUCUGGGGCUGAUUCGAGUGCGUUAUUAGAACGGCAAAUUCAACAUCCAAGUCACCCUGCCAAAGGAAUACCCUUUCAAGCCUCCAGUCCUCUCGUUCCGCACCAAGAUCUACCACCCAAACGUCACCAACGAUGAGAAGGGCAGCAUGUGCUUGGGCAUGCUCAAGCCCGAAGAGUGGAAGCCGCCGAACAAGAUCGUGGACGUGCUCGCGCUGGUCCGCGCCGUUCUCGCGGCACCACAGCCGGACGACGCAGUGGAGUUGGGCAUUGCUGAGCAGUUCAAGAACAACCGCGCGGAGUUCGACAAGAUCGCCAGAGACUGGGUGCAGAAAUAUGCCAAAUAG